AUGGAACCUAAGGAUAAGAACAUUUCUGAAAACAGUGACACUAAUUCUAAUCCCAAUCCCAAUUUCGGGUCCAAAAACAAUCGGAACCACGACAAUGUCGAGGGUAGUUUCUCGCGAGUGUUUACGCAAUGUGUGGAUAAAAAAGUUCAUGGAACACUCGAGUGCUUCAAUGAGGGCAGUUUUAGUGUCUUAAGGUCAAUGAAUGAUGAAGACCGGCUGGAUUUUGGGGAUGUGAGGCUGGAUAAAUCUGAAAGUGAAGCUAGGGAUCUGAUGGAUCUUGAUUAUGAUCCAAAAGAUUUUAGUAUUGUGGUCAAGGCUGCUGCGAGGAUGAUGGAGAGGCGGAAUUUGAAGUGGGACCUGGGAUACUUCUAUCCAGGGUUGAUGAUGAAAGUCGGUCCUGCAUUGAAUAGCAAUGGGAUGCUAGAGUUUGCUCUUGAUGAAAGAGUUGCUGGACAUUCUAACCGACAACUGGGUCCAGGAAGAAUGAUAAUGAGGAGCGUAGUAGUGCCCUUUCUUCUGGGCCUAAAGUUCAGUCUGUCCUCACUAAUUCCCUUGGUAUUCGGGGUCCUUGUUGUCGUGACGAAGAAAGCCUUGUUACUCACGAAAGUAGCGCUUAUUAUAAGCGGACUACUUGGAUGGAAUGCAUUUGUGAGCUCGCCAAACAUCGCCGGACUUUCUCACGGUGCACCUUCUGGAUUUCAAAGUAAUUACAAUAAUUUCAACGGAUUCCAACAUCAUUUUCAGCACGGUUAUGAUCACAAUACAAUCAACGAGCACCACUAUCCUUAUCGUCCCUACAGAAAUUUCGUCAAAGACGUGCCAGGGUACAAUCACCAUGUUAUUAAAGAAGUUGUCGAAGUUUACGACCCUGAAAGUGAUGCAAGGCGUGAUAAUACUCGAAGCGGAAAAAAUUUUCUCUGGUCACGGGAUUAG